AUGCCGUCCCUUGCGCGCAAAGUCAUCAUAGCUGCUGCAGUGGAUGGCCUUUUGAUACAGCCCCUUGCGACCAAGAAGGAACACAAACCCUCGCCGCCUGUCAGGCUACGUUAUGGAGAUGCUGCCAUCUCAUUUGUCUCCCGAGAUGGGCUGCAGGACCUGUCCAAGCCCAAUUCCUCGUUCGAGGCAUUCGGAGUCGUCGGUCUGAUCACGGUCUCUCGCUUCAGCUAUCUCGUAUCUAUCGUUCGCCGUAAACAAGUCGCUGUGAUCCGCGGCUCCCCAGUCUACGUCAUCACCGAAGUCGCCCUCACACCGUGCUCCUCCUACAACGAUGCCAGCGAGUCGAUUGCGAAGACUGCUGUACAGGUAGGAAACAAGGGUGCCGAUGAGACGACCGGGGAUGACACUGACACUGACGCUGGUGACGACACCGACACCGACACUGCUUCAAUUAAGAGCGACGAGGUGCCUACUGAUGACGAGCGGCCUGAUGCCCCAGACGGGUCUAAGCUUUCCGCCACAAGCGUUGCUAAGGAUGUGAUGACCAGGCGGGGCAGCUACGGCCGUUUCGCGCAACGGUGGUUUAGCAGCAGCGGCUGGACACUGGAGCAGAAACGGAGCAUGGGUCUCAGUCAGUCCGAAGAGAAUGUGAACAAGGCCGUGGAUAAGGCUGGCGAUAGCAACUUGCCAGGAGACUCGAAGUCCCCUGCUGCCACCAAGGAAGAUGUCACAUCGUCAGAAGCGGCCGGUGUACCUGUAGAGGAUGCCAAGGAGGAGAAGAUGGCGCCUCCAGCCUUGCUCCCAAAGCUUCUGCGGACCACUCAAAUCCUCUUUGGCUCUUCCCAGAGCUAUUUCUUUUCAUACGACUACGAUAUCACACGCAGCCUGUCGAAGCAACGCGAGGCGACUCCCCAGGGCGAUACGCCGCUUUACCGGAAGACCGAUCCUAUGUUCUUCUGGAAUCAAAACGUGAUACAGCCUUUUAUCGAUGCAGGGGUUGACUCCCUUGCGUUGCCGCUGAUGAAGGGGUUCGUGGGCCAGAGAACAUUUACUGUGGAUGCUCAACCGGAGCAGCUGGACGAAUACAAGGGCUCGGUUGAGAUGAAUGACUUCGCUACCAACUGGUCAACAUCGGCCCCAGAAUCCGAAGCAGCGAAUUCGUCGACUCCAAGUGGGAAGAUCUCAAUAACCCCAAGGUCCUCAGAGAGGCAGUUCGACAUCACUGUGAUUUCGAGGCGAUCAGUGAAAAGAGCCGGGUUGCGUUACUUAAGGCGGGGGAUCGACGAAGAAGGGUGGUGCGCCAACUCGGUCGAAACCGAGCAGAUACUCUCACCUGCCAUCAUUGACCCAAAGUCGAAAGUGUACUCCUUUCUACAGAUCAGAGGCAGUAUACCGGUCUUCUUCACGCAGAGCCCUUACUCGCUGAAACCCAGUCCAGUGUUCCAGCACUCAGAUGAUUCUAACUUUCAAGCUCUGAAGAAACAUUUCGAUCGACUUCAUCAGCAGUACGGAUCUCUUCAAAUCGCCAAUUUGGUGGAAAAACAUGGCGUUGAGGCGCCGAUUGGCCAGAAAUACGAGCACGGAAUGGAGCGAUACAAUGAGAGCAGUUCCAAGGAAGAUGUCGUACCUUUCGAGUGGUUUGACUUUCAUGACGCCUGCAGAGGCAUGAAGUUUGAAAACGUACAAAAGCUCAUUGACACGCUUCAAGAUCAGCUUGACACUCUCGGAAGCACCAUGGAAGAAGCCGGUGAGAUCAAAACACAACAGAAAGGCGUGAUACGGACGAACUGUAUGGACUGUUUGGACCGGACGAAUGUUUGUCAGAGUUCAUUUGCCAAGUACAUGCUUGACGCUCAGCUCAGAGAGCAAGGCUAUGACAUGACGACGCAGCUUGACCAGCUGAAUUCCUGGUUCAACACUUUGUGGGCCGACAACGGAGAUGCUAUUUCGAAACAGUACGCAUCCACUGCCGCCAUGAAGGGUGACUAUACGCGCACGAAAAAGAGGAACUACCGUGGUGCUUUGGCUGACGCUGGGCUGGGACUGACACGGUUCUUCAAUGGGAUGGUCAACGACUUCUUCCUUCAAGCCACCAUCGAUUUCCUCCUCGGAAAUGUCACAUCACUUGUUUUUGACGAAUUUGAAGCCAACAUGAUGACCAAAGACCCUGCAGUCUCUAUUCAGAAAGUGCGAGACCAGGCAAUAGAGCUUUGCCAGAAGCGUGUCGUCGAAGACGCCAAGGAGGAGUUCAUCGGGGGCUGGACUUUUCUCAGUCCCGCAGUUACAAAUAACCUCAUGGCUAGCCCCCUGCAGGAGGUCGUCUUCCUGCUAACCGACACCGCAAUUUACCUGUGCCGAUUUGACUGGAAUCUCGACAAAGUAUCAUCUUUUGACCGAGUGGAUCUGUCGCACGUCCAGUCGAUCAAGUCUGGGACGUAUAUUACUUCCACCGUGUCCGCAACCCAGACGGACGAAUCAAAGAACGUCGGCCUAGUCAUUGUGUAUGAGCCAGGCUCGAAUGAUUACCGACGUGUCAACACACGCUCCCUUUCCAGCACCAAGGACAAUGGGCAAGACGCUGCCUCCGAUAAUGCUUCAGCCCCUAAGACCACCAAUGUCUCGAGCUCAUCCCCAGUGCAGUCCAGGCUGACCGGCCUCCUGGGCCGGAAGGGCGGCGCCGCCCCCGCAGAGACCAAGAAGAUCACCCUCAAGGCGCCGUACACCAACUCAUCCCUCGCCGACCGUGGCGGCAAGGCCAACGCCUCCCGCAUGACGGAGAGUCAGCUCGUGGCGGCCGUUGCUCACGAGAUCGAGAGGCUGGCGUUCCUAAACCAGCCUGUCUCCGGGACAGCGGAAGCGAAGAGGCAGAGCAUCAUUGAGGAGGGCGACAUUGUGAGCUUGGUGGAGGCCAAGAGGAACGUGGGUAUAUUUGAGACCCUCGGAUAUAACCUUAAGAGGUUGGUUUGGGCGUAG